AUGUACGCGAGCCUCUGGAGCCAUUUAAGGCGGCCCCCUCCAAAACCGUACCAUAAGGGACAGUGUCUACUGAGGAAGAUCUCGAUCGAGCCUAAAGCCCACCUAAGAACCUGGUGCAGCCUGUCGGACAAAUUGAUUGGAGCUGACCCUUUGAAUGCGGGCCGCAAAGGCAUGCAAGUAGAUGGAUUGGCAGACUCGGCUAUUCCGCCGUUCUCCAUAAGCGUAGACUCGAUAAAAACAGAAGAUAAGCCAAACGUUUUCUCGAAACUCAUUUGGGAGAUGAGCAAUGACCUUUCGUGCUCGUCAUAA